CUUGUAUCCCUCGGUUGCUAUUUGUUCACUCGAUCCUCUUCCAGUUUUUAUAUUUUGUAUUCUUUUUUUACUCCUUUCACAACCCACCUCUCUUCGGAACCAGGCCAUAGCUUCCUUGACAUCCAACGGAACACCUGAAGUAUCACUUGAAUACCUCUUACACCGCUAUUGUGGCUCAACACUCUUCAAUGAUUCAAUCCUUUCCCUCGGUUUGGGAGCGAUACUCCAAUUUGCAACUCUUCUGUAUGGUACUCUCUCUUUUGGUCUGGCUCUUUUCCUGCAUUGCUGCAGUUGUCGCCAUUACCCUUAGCCGAUCAAGAUAUGGAAGGUUCAAGCCAUCCUUAUCCUCGCAAAUGAGUGUAGAUGAGGCUCCAGGCGUAUCCAUCAUCCGUCCCCUUCGUGGCGUUGAUUGCAACAUGUAUAAAAAUUUGGCUUCUAGCUUUGAACAGGACUACCCAUGUUUUGAAAUCAUCUUUUCUGUUGCCAACCCAGGCGAUCCAGCCAUUACAGCCGUUGAGGCCCUUAUGAAACAGUACCCAAAGGUUGAUGCCCGUCUUAUCAUUGGGGAGGAGAUUGUGGGUAUGAAUCCCAAGGUCAAUAAUAUGAUUCGAUCAUACGAGACUGCCAAGUACGAUAUUGUCUGGAUCUGUGACUCUAAUGUAUACGUUGGUCCUGGUUGCAUGGGCAGAUCUGUCGAUAUGAUGAUGAGGCCUGACGUGGGUCUUGUACAUCAUUUGCCAUAUGGCGUUAGACCUCAGACUCUGGGGUCAGAACUAGAGCUCAUGUUCUUGAAUACAGUGCAUGCCAAGAUGUACCUCUUCAUCAAUUGGACAAGGCUGGCAUCAUGUGUAGUUGGCAAGUCUAAUUUGUUUAGGCGCUCGGACCUGAACAAGGUUGGUGGUCUUGCUGCCUUUGGACGCUACAUGGCUGAGGAUAACAUGUUGGCUACAGCCAUCUUCAAGAUGGGGUAUAAACAUGAGAUGACUGGUGAUCUUGCCUAUCAGUCAUUAGGCUCCAUUUCUCCUUCUGAUUACUUCUUAAGGCGUGCCCGCUGGACCCGCAUCCGUAAAUACAUGGUUACUGUCUCUACUUUCUUGGAGCCGCUUACUGAAAUGAUAGGUUGCGGAUUGAUCGCGUCCUAUGGCUUUAAUAUGCUGUGGAACAUUCAUGUCCUCAAUUUCCUAGCAUUCCAUAUCGUUACAUGGUUUUUGGUGGACCUGACCAUUUACCAGGCUCUCUCGGGCGAAAAAAUGGACAAUCUUCGUGGCUUUUUAAUGGCGUGGUGUGGGCGCGAGUUAGCGGCUUUACCCUUAUUCGCCUAUGCUGUUGCAGGAUCAACAGUCGAUUGGCGUGAUCAAACAUUCAUGCUGUAUAGUGACGGUACAGUUAAGCCGAUUGAGCCUACCCCUCAUCUGACCAAAGGGCCCAAAACUAGGCGAAUGCAAAAGAACCUGUUGCCCUCUCCCUUACUCAAUGUGGCUUCUGCUUCUUCACCAACCGCAGCUGCAUCUUGGACUAACACCAUGGUCUCUCCAUCAGCUCAAGCAUCCCUUGGAAGGUUCUUCCGCCACCCAGCUGUCAUUUCGGUCGUCAGCACCACGUUUGCCAUUAUCCAUUUCGUCGUCGAUAUCCUGAUUAAAAGCCAGCGCAAUGGCAUCAAUGACGAUGAUAGCACGUACAUAGAGGAUCAUACGCUACAUGAGGACAUGACUAGCAAUGCUAUCUUCGAAAAGGAGGGGAGUCUGGGGCCCCAAGCAGUUACUUUGAAGCAUCGUCUCAAUAAGGGCAACAGCAGCUAUAGUAACAAGAAGAGCAACAAGAGAUUCGCAUUCGAUUAUGAUGGUGAUAACAGCAGCGCAGCUAAGAACGAAAUUAACUUCAGAAGAGCCCAUCUGAAGGUUUCCGACCACAGCAAUGAGGCCGGCUAUGUUAAUGUUAGUCUUAAUCACAAGGUCCAGAAGAACGGUUUCGAAAGCGAAGAUGAUAUAGUGCGCCGUGCCAUCGCCGGGCAGUAUCCUAGCAUCAACGACAAAUACGAGACAGAGACGGAAUAUGGUCACCGAGCAUCUGAGGAAGACGAGCUUUCCAAGGCUGUAGAGCCAUAUCUUUCGGACUCGCUCAGUCGUCGCGCUCAGACUAUGCGCCGUGAACUGCCUUCUGCUUCACACUUUUUGAGCGUCGUAUCUUAA